CUUUGAUUAAUAGCUCUUUUAAACAAAAUACAUAAUAAACUUUAUUUUAAUCUUAAAUUUCAAAUUACUAUUAGGAAUUUCUAGGCCAUUUUAUCAUAACGGCCACAGGUUCAUGAAAUAUUAAAACUCCUAGGCUAAACAAAUAAAAAUUAAUAUAGCUAAUGUUUAUAAAUUAUAUAAAGAUGAGGAAUUUCAAAAGAAAAAUGCCAAAUAAAACUAUCAAAACAUAUUACCAUAAAAUCAAAUGAUAGUUUAAGCAAAGGUUGAUGAAAAUCAUAUGAAUUAUCACAAAUUUAGAGGUUAGCUAUAAACGAAUCAAGAAAAAAAGGAAAAAAACUCACAAUAAGUGGUAAUUAUUAAAAAAUAAGGUUCAGAUGUAAAGAUUCAUUCAUUUCAAACUCCUAGGACCACUAUUUCUUCUACUUAUACUUCAGCGACUAUUAAAUCUAAUUUUCCAAUAAAAAACUCAAGAAAAUCAGAUGAAUUUUAAAUUUUGACUCCUAAAAGUAUGAUUUAAAAAGAAAGAGCUAGCUCUCUUAUAAGCGAUAAGUACAUGGAAUAUUCACAGAAAGGAAAUGAAGUUUAGAAGGUUUAGGCUUUUUCUACAAACAGAAAACUGUAUUAAAAUUAGAAUUUGAUCUCAAAGAUAAAAUGCUUAUUAUCAAAUUAUAAUAAUAAAAAAGAUAGCAAUAAAUUGUUUAAAACUCCUAUUUAAAAAAAUUAAUAAACUAAGACCGAUUAGUCUUUGCAGAGAAAUAUUAAAUCACUAUACUUCAAAUCCUAGGAUGAAAUAGAAGAUAUUGAUUAAGAUAAUGAAAAAUAAGUAUGCAGAAUUAAUAACUUUAUCUAAUAAUAGUAACCAUAAAGAACGAAUAGAAGUAAUUAAGCUGAUAAUAUUAUUUAUUCAAUAAAAAAACAAUAGUCUCAAAGUUAGGAUACUACACCUUAUAUUUCAAAGUUAUGUUCAGAAAAUGAAAUAGCUCCAGAAUAUAUAGAUUCUAAAUUUUGCAGUGUAAAUGAUAAGCUAGGUUCUUAACAUAUGAUUUAUGAUGAUGCAUCUGAUAGAAAAUACUAAAGAUUCUCAGGAAAUAAAAAACUAUCAAUGUGUGAAGCAAUUAGCAAUUAUGAAGCUUUUUCUAAUGAAAACAGAUUGUCUGACAUCAUUAGAGGAAAGUCUAACGAGAGUUCUUCUCCUAGAAAUGCUUCUCAAUAAAAAUAACUUGCUGAAACUAAUUAGUUUAAAAUUAAAUUACUUUAAAAUCUAAAAGAUCAAAUGGAGGUGUAAACUGACUUAAGCAAUUGCUUUUAAAAUCCUUUAAAAGCAAGCAGAUAAGAAAAAAGAAUAUCUUAAAUGAUGUCAGCUAAAUUAGUACCAAAUACAAUAUCCUCAAAGGAUUUAUAAAAUAUUUGUGAAAACAGAUAGCUAAUAAAGAAGAAACCUUUCUCUUCUCUGCAAUAAUUUCUAGAAUCUAAACUUCCAUAUGAAUAAGUAUUAGAAAGGUAAAAGCAAGAAAUAUUAGUAGAAUAAAAUGUAAGAAAGUCGAUAUAAUUUAUAUCUAGAAAUAGUCCUAAUUGUAGUAAAUCUAACACUCCAUCUCCAAUAAGAUAGGAAUAUUAAGAUCAAACUCCAAUUUCUAAUUUUAUUUUAGAAGAUAAUUUUUAAGCUUCUUUUUAAAGCAAAUUUCAUCAUGGUUUUAGUACUCCUUUGUCUCCAAAAAAAAGCUAAAGGGUUAGCAUAGAUUUUAACCAUAAUGCCUUUGAGCUUGACUAUGGAAUUAAUUAACAAAUAAAUGAAGAUAACUCAAAUUAAGAUGAAAAAUAAUAGCAAAUAUUAAGUAAACUUCCAAUUCAUAAUAAAUAUAGCUCUUUGAAAAUUUCUAAAAGUGUUUCUAAUUUCACUAAGAGUCCAUCUAUGAGUAAGAAAAAAGAGAUAGAUUCUCCUAUUAAAAAAUAGAAUUUACUAUCAACCUAUAUUCCAAGUAGCUUAAUAAAAAAGAAAUGCGAUUUAGAAAAAAAUAUUAAUAAAAUUAAAUUUAAAUCUCUAUUGAGCUUUGCAGAAUCAUCUAAUUAGGCUAUUUUUGAAAUUGAAAAAAAUUAAAAUCUUAAAAAUGUGAUAGAUUAAAAUUUAAAAAAGCUUUCGCCUUAUAAGUAAAAAACAAAUAGUAAAAUUUUUAGAUUCGAAACUAAUAAUACUGAACCAGAAUGCUAUCAAAAUAAUGACAAUAAGGAGAUAUUUUAUUCUCCAAGAUCUUAACAAUAAUUUAAAUGA